AUGGGGCCAGCAGACGCCACCACCCGUCCUGGGCCACCAGCUCCAGCCCAGAGGUCAGCCUUCCUGGUGAGGCCAGGACUCACAGGCCAGGUGUCCAGAAAGAGGACGCCAGACGCUGGGGGCGGUGCAGUUUAUGACCAGGCAGGAUGUGGUUGCAGCCUCCCAGUUUUGGAGGGAGAGUGGGUGUGCCAGCCUCCCAGUGAGGACACUCCAGUGAGGAGCUGCCUCUGGGCCCCUGCUGUCCCGGGGCUUUCUUUGCACAAGUCGCCUCUUGACUUCCAAGGUGGAAACUGUUCACUGCUCCGUUUACAGGCAAGAGCCCUCGCCCCUCCAAGCCUUGGCCUUGAGCCUGUAAAACGGUGGAACCACCUCACAGAGGAGAGCUGCUAUGCGUACGCGGUGACCCGGCGCACCACCCGCCCAAUGCUCGGACCGUGGCCGCUGACGACGACCGGGGACAUGAAGGCCCCGCUGCUAGGAGGAGGGAGAAGGUGGGGAGGCCAACUCCUGGGGCCAGAAGUGUCUCGAGUGAGAAGAAAAAGAGACUGUAGGGAAAGAACAGGAGGAAGAAACACAGGUGAGGAAGACAGGCCACCAGAGCGGCUUUCGACCCAGAUCACAGGGCAGCCUCCUCCGCACCUGCCCACCCUCAAGAUUACAACCCAAAAGGAGGGGUCUGUCUACUCGGAGAGGUUAAAGAAACUCCUAAUGGAAAAGGUGGGUGAGGCCCAUGGGAGCCUUUCUAGCUCACCAAAUCCCUCCUCCACAAUCUAG